AUGUCGUCCCCUCUCAGAAUCGGCUACGUGCCGGAGCACUUCUCUACGCCCCUCUACUUUGCCAAGCAGUACUUUGGCCUCGACGCCACCCUGAUCCCCUUCCCGUCCGGGACGGGCCACAUGAUCACGGCGAUCCGUGGCGGCGAAAUCGAUAUCGGCAUCGGCCUGACCGAGGGCUGGAUCGCCGGUCUCGGAAAGGAAGAUGCGUCCGGCGACGGCGGCUACCGUCUCGUGGGCACCUACGUCGACACCCCUCUGUGCUGGGCCAUCUCAACCGGCGCCAAGCGCCCCGAGAUCAGCUCCGUAGCCUCGCUCAAGGGCGGCAAGAUUGGCGUCUCGCGCAUCGGCUCCGGCAGCCAGAUCAUGGGUUUCGUCCUCGCCGACCAGCACGGCUGGCUGACGCCGUCGACGCCGCAGCCCUUCUCGGAGACGGUCAUCCUCAACACGUUUGAGAACCUGCGCAACGCCGUCAACUCGGGCGCCGCCGACUUCUUCAUGUGGGAGCACUUCACCUCGAAGCGCUACUACGACUCGGGUGAGAUCCGCCGCGUCGGCGAGAUCUACACGCCCUGGAGCAGCUGGAAGAUUGUCGCGUCCACGGCGCUGGCCAAGGAGGGCCAGAAGCUGGACGCGCGCGUCAAGGACCUGUUUGCGAAGCUCGACAAGGGCGUGCAGCAUUUCAACGAGAACCAGGACGAGGCUGUCAAGUACAUCAGCACGAACCUGGAUUACUCCGAGGCGGAUGCGCGGGAGUGGUUGAAGACUGUAAAGUUCACAAAGGGCGUUGAGGGCGUCAAGCCCGAGGUGGUGAGCAACACGGUUGACAUAUUGAGGAAGGCCGGCGUUUUGGUCGAGGGGAAGGGGAGGCAGCCUGAAGCCAUGGUAGCCAAGGACUAA